GAGAAAAAAAUGAAAAUAACGUUGGCAAAGGUCCGAGUUCUACUCACAAACAUAGAAAAUGUACAGAGUAACACUAUCAAUGCAGCAAUGAGCUGCUGAAUAAUUUUAAAUUAUGAUGUCCAUCCAACAUGUAGGUCAACUGGUCAAGGAUCAAACAAGAGACAAGAGGAACAACAGAACAUACUAUUUUUGCCUGGAUAUUAAUCUUAAAAAAUCAUACAACAGAUGACAAGCUUUUUCAGUACCUACCUCUCAGUCUCAAUUUCCUUUUCGGUAUUCUGACAGGUGAAUCGUGAAAUAUUGUUAUAUUUAGUAGCGGAAGUGCAGUAUUCUUGGGAAAGACACGACGUUAAUUCUGAUUGGGUCACUCCUGUCACGUGCUAAAUUUUUGUACAGCAUUUGGAUUCUUCAAAGUCACCACGGAGUUCCGAAAGAUAUCUCGAAAUUCUGAGGAGAAGCGCGAAAUGGAUGAUGACUUGUUGCCGCUUUUAGGCAUUGGAGUGAUAGAACAAGAUUCUACAAGUGAUAGUGAAGAUAAUGAGGACGAAGAGAAUGUUACUGCUGAAGAUGGCAGCCGGGUGACAAGAAGAGAUACCAUCCCAUUUGAUCAGUCGCUGCCUGUUUCACACUCGUAUCUGGGGGAUGACUUGGAAGAUGUCAGAGGUCGUACAUUUUAUGAAGAGGAUGCCACACUUACUAUACCAGUCAUACAACUCCCCGGGAUGGUGCUGGUCCCCGGGCAGACAAUUCCUCUUCACUUGUUCCACCAACACACUGUCGCUAUGCUGAAGGGGGUCAUGGAUAAAGACAACACAUUCGGCAUCGUAGCUUACAGAUAUUCUAGAGAAGACGGGGGUCACAUCAUUGCAACAGUAGGCACCACAGCUGAAAUAUUCUCCGUCAAAGAUGAAACGGAUGACAGGACAGGAUUGGCUUCCAUUAGGGUGAAGGCCAAAGGUCGCCAGAGAUUCAAGGUCUUGGAGUCUAGGAGAACAGCGACAGGGAUUUUAGUCUGCACGGUGCAGAUUCUCCAGGAGAAGACUCUGAUAGACGCUCUGAAGGAUAUCCGGCCGGCCUCUCACUGUAAGUUCUGUUGUAACCCAGUGAACCAGGGAGUGAUCAAUAAGACAGCCGUAGAUAGACAGGGGAAUAUACUCACAAGUGUCGCCAUGUUCAAAACCCCACAGGUGAAUCGUUUUUCUGCGGCCUACAUGACAUGGUGGCCCCCCUGGGUGUACAAGAUGUAUGAUCCGGAAGCAGUGGUGCAGAGUGCAAAGAAAGAAUUACUUAAGUGGAACUCAUCCUACAAACCUGAGAAGCUCCCCAGUAACGUAGUGGCGCUGUCCUAUUGGGUGAUACAGAACUUACCAUUGGACGACGAUCUGCGACUCAAUCUCCUGGGCAUAGACAAUGCUGUCCAGAGACUUAGGUUUUCCCUCAGCAUUGUGCGAAAGUGUUCAUCCCUUUGCUGUAAGGAGUGCAAUACAAACAUAGCCAGCAAGAAUGAUGUCUUCAGUCUCUCGGUGGAAGGGCCGCUAGGGGCCUAUGUUAACCCCCAGGGAUAUGUCCACGAGACCAUGACUCUCUACAAGGCCCAGAACCUGCAACUUGUUGGCGGGCCUACCAAGGAACACAGUUGGUUUCCUGGUUAUGCUUGGACCAUAGUCCAGUGUAGGAGGUGUGCAUUUCACAUGGGAUGGAAAUUUACAGCAACAAGUAAAGACCUGACUCCGCAGAAAUUCUUUGGAUUGACCAGAGCGUCGGUUAUUCCAGGUUUGCACCAAACAGACGAGGAAUGGGUGCCAGUCAUGUGAUGUUACGUCCAGUCAUGUGAUGUCACGUCCAGUCAUCCACAUGGUCAAUCUGUGAUACAGUGUCGAGAUAUGUAGAAAAUUACUGCCAUAUUUAUUCAUUGAAUUCCAUUUUUGUGCCAAUCUUCCAUUGCAUGUGAUAAAUCUUUGGUAAUAUAUAUAACAGAUGAUAGAUGUGUAUAGUUUGCAUUAUUUCAAAUGCAAAUUAUUGAAGGUGUUCACAUUUCCCAAAGUAAUUGUACUGUGGGAAAUAAUUUCCAUCUUUCUGAGAAAUGAUUUGAAGACACUAUUGAUUUGUUUUCAAGUCAGCAAAGAAUGUGUUCCAAGUGAUGUAUGGCAAACCCAAAGCAAGCAGUGCUCUUUAUUGAACUUUUAACAUUUAUAUUUCAAAAUUUCUGAAAUUUGAAUAACUGAUGUAUGAAAAGAGAAAUUAUUUCUUAAUUUGAAAGUGGUUAAAAUUGCAAUUUAUUUGUACUUUUAGUGCAUAAAAAUUUUAAUGUUAUUCACAUCACAUUUAAAACGUAAGACGGAAGGGGAUAUUUUCCUCAUGCUUUGUGUUUGCGGUGUUUAAUUAGUGACAGCUGAUAAAAUCUUAAGUUUCCAUAAAUUCACCAUGUUUCUCUAAAAAGUAUUGUCAGUUAAAUUCGUAUUUCACAUUAAGAUUAUAAAAUCGAACAAAAUGUACAUUCUUACGGUAAACCUUUACGUAAUUGAUUUUAUGUUUUUUUCCCCUAUUUUUAUCUCUUUCUGUUAUAAACCAGGACAGAGAACCAAGAACCUUAUAUUCUAAUGUGUCUUAUAGAAAUGAUGUUUUAAAUUCCAUCUUAAUUCUUUACAUGCAUUUUUUGUCUGCUACUGUGUAAAUAUUUUCAUCAAACAUUUCAUCAAGACAACAUUGUGAAAACAUUCAUCACCAUCAGUCAUCAUACAUUCCUGUGUUUAAAACAUUCAUCACCAUCAGUCAUCAUACAUUCCUGUGUUUAAAACCUUUGUAAAUCAAUAUUGAUAAAGUAAUGAAUAAAAUUACGAUUGAAA